GUUAAACAGGCAUCUUUAAAAUGAGCGGAGUGUAAAGAACAAUAGAAACUGAGGGUGGCAGUAAUGCAACUUAGUGUCAAAUACUGAAAAAAACCUAAAGGAAGAAGAAGAAGAAGCAGAAGAAGAGGAAGAGGAAGCUCCUGUGUGCAGAAUGGAGAAGACAAAUGUAUGAGCUCCUGUGUGCAGAAUGGAGAAGACAAAUUCCGAGCCUCUAAAACUGUCUGGGGCUGAGAGACAGAAGCUUUAUCGCGCCCGACGCAAUGCCGACCCCGAGAGGAGAGAGAAGUACCUAAAGAAGGAGAAAGAGAGGUGGAAGAGAGACAUCCAGACAGGAAGGAAGAAGCUGAUUGGACAGAAAACCAAGACAGAGCAACACCUACAGCGAAUGAAGUGGAAGGAGGCAAAGAGGAGGAGCUCCAAGAGAACGGCUCUGAGAAUGUCUUAUGGUACAACAAUGUGUCCUGAUGAUGAUCCAGAUCACAAAGAGGAGGAGGAGGCUCUCAGAGAGGUGUCGGUCCCGUUUGAGCUGGAUCAGACCCUCAGUGACAGCCUGUCCAUUGUCAGUCUGUGUAAACUGGUUCGCUGGGCUCACAGCCACGGCACCAUCUGCAGCCUCAUCCCAGACCUGCAGCAGCUAACGCACGGCGGUACCGCGUCCACACAAGCAACCGGGCCUCAUGGCGCAGACGUCCCCGUGGCCGUGUGGGGCUGUAGUGCUGGACACGCCUACUACUGGACCUUCAGUGACCAUGGCAACGUCUGCGGAGGAUUAGCAAACACUCGACAAGGACAGGUGAGGUUCACGGCAGGUCACGGAUCCUACAAGGUGUCAGUGAGAGGAUCAUCUGACUUCUCUGGUGUCGAACCUACAUCAGAGUUGAUGGAGUUCAUGUGUCAACGUUCUUUAGACGCCACAGGUGAUUUAUCAGCGACUGACGACAGUGAGGACUUUGAGACACCAGGAGUCAAAGUGAAGGAAAUUAAGGAGGAAUUGUUGGAAAAUAAUUCUUAUUUGAACACUAACAGAAGGCAGUCGGAGGCAGACGCUGCAGAUCUGACACAGGACUGUAAAACACUGAAAACACACUCUGUGUUCACACACACACAGGCGUCAAACUCUCAACACAACAACCCACAAGACAGAAACAGUCCCAUAAACCAAGCACCACCGGUUUAUACUUGAGCUAUAACAGUAUAGGAGUUCAUUUGUUUUGUAAUUAGUGCUUUUAUGAGCUUUAAAACCCAGUUGAAUUGUAAAUGGUUCAGUUGUAAAAGUUAAUUGACAUAAAAUAGUUUUGACUUGUUCUUCUUUGUUUUGGCCUAUGAGUAAUGGAAUUUUUUUUUUAAAUAAAGCACUGAAAAUGAUCAUUUUGAUGUUAAAUAAGAUUUCUUUAACAUCUACUAUGCAAUGGUUUUUUUUGUGUUAUUAAAAAAUAAUUGAAAAACUUUAGAAACCUCAUUAAGUUCUGUAUUUGUCAGAAUGAUUAUUAAAAGAAUUACCUGAAAAAUGUUUGGGGUCUAUG